AUGAUAGAUUGGGAUCGGUUGCUGGUGAAGUGGCAUGUAGAGUUUUGGGGGAGGCAAUGGAACUUUGUCGAUAUCGCCACUUUGGCUGGCCUUUCCUAUUUGCAUUACCUUGCUCUUCUAGCACCGUUUCAUUUCAACUGGACUGCCUUAUGGCUGGCCGUAGCACUUUAUUUUAUUACAGGUGUAGGUGUAACCCUAUCCUUCCAUAGAAAGCUUUCACACCGGAGUUUUAAUCUUCCAAAGUGGCUUGAAUACUUCUUUGCUUAUUGUGGGGUUCUUUCACUUCAGAGAAGUCCACUUGAGUGGGUGAGCAUCCACAGAGCUCACCAUCAAUUUACUGACACGUGGAAAGAUCCCCAUAGUCCUAUUCAGGGACUUUGGUUCAGUCAUGUUGGUUGGACCAUUGAUUAUCGUAUUCGGUUUGGAAGUUAUGAAGCUAGAUUAAAGAACGUUGGAGACUUAAAAAGCCAACCAUACUAUAGGUUUCUUCAUUAUACGUACCCCCUUCAUUCAAUUGCUCUUGGAGUUGUAUUGUAUGCUAUAGGAGGAAUGCCCUUUUUAGUUUGGGGAAUGGGCGUAAGGACGGUAAUUUUUCUCCAUGCUAUGUUUGCAAUAAAUUCGGUUUGCCACACAUGGGGGCAAGCAGUAUGGGACAGUGGUGAUUUGUCUAAAAACAACUGGAUCUUAGGAUUGCUGACACAUGGAGAAGGUUGGCACAAUAAUCACCAUGCAUUUGAGUUCUCAGCUCGGCAUGGAUUUGAAUGGUGGCAAAUUGAUGUUACUUGGUACGUGAUCAGAUUUCUUCAAGCUGUUGGUUUGGCUACAGACGUAAAACUUCCGACUGAGACUCAAAAGAAAAGAAGAGCUUUAUCCAAUAAAAUCAACGAGGAAAGCUUGAAGGAAAAGUAG